AUGGCUUUUGUCUUCGCCCGUACCAUACUUCUCAGUUUCAAGCCAGAUGAGAACAGUGAAAUGCUGAUCAAGUGCAUUGAGACGGCCCGCGCCAUUGCCGAAAAUUCCAAAGACACAGUUGCCUACGGCGUGCUUGACAGUUUCCAACAAGAACUGAAAGCCAGCGAAGCAGAAUUUCAGAAAUAA